CCCGCAGCAUUCUCAUCCUCCUUGACGUCAUUGCCUCCAAGUGCCAAGAUCCAUCGUCUCUGUUCCUGAAUCGCAAGCGUCGCUUCAACAAUUCCAGCUUCCCCAUGUCGGGCUAAUCCCGACAAUGUGCCGUCUUGAACGGGUUGGCGAAAAUGAACAGUUCCCAGCGAUCCCCGCUUGCGGGGGAAGAUAAGAGUGCCAUCGGACCCGGAAUCUUUCGAGGUCACAACAGCCAAUUCAACAAGCAGUCGCAUCACAAUGCUUCCCCUGUUACUCGCGGUGGCUCUCCUGUCCUUCAUUGGAAAUGUCUCGGCCAGCUAUGCAUUCUACGUGGGAAAGGCUCUUACGCAAGAUGGAAGCGUCCUGAUCGGCGGAACUGGCGAGGAAGUGUCUUCGCACUGGCUCGAAAUAUUUCCUGCGAAGGACCACCCCGCGAAUGCGACUAUAACCGUCGGAGUCACUAAGGAUGCAUCAAUGCCUGGGCAGAGGAUGAACAUCUCUCAAGCGCCACACACGUUCCGCUACCUAUCGAUGGAGUAUUCCGACUUCGAGGGUUUUCCGGCACCCAUAACCAACGGCGGCGUCAAUGAGAAAGGCGUCGCUGUGCGAGAUGUCUGGGUGCAGAAUAGGGACGAACUGGUCGCUAUGACACCGAAUCCGCAGACGGGCCUGCAGUACUCUGACCUUGCUCGCGUUGUGCUCGAACGAGCGAGCACUGCACGAGAAGGCGUUGAACUCAUCGGGAAGUUGAUUGCUGAGCAUGGGUAUGCAGACUACGGAGGAAACUCACAUCUCAUUGCCGACGCAAAUGAAGGAUGGGUCGUGUUGGAGAUGUCAGGGGGCAAGAAGCUUUGGGCAGCAGAGCGACUCGGCGACGAUGAGGUGCGUGUUCUCUACCCGGGAUACAUCGAGGACUUUCCAGUGGACUUUGCGAAUAAUACCAACUACGCUGGAUCUUCGGAUAUCGUCUCUUUUGCCAUUGAGCAAGGCUGGUGGAAUCCAAACGGCACCGAACCUUUCAACAUCUUUAAAGCGUACUGUGUUCAGGGCGAGCGCUAUAGUGCCAGAGAUGGAGGCUUCAAGUACAUGUCUCAAGGUGCUCUAGAGAAUACAACCCGGGCUAUGGCUCCGGUAACCGAGAAGGACCUCAUGGAGCGUGUUCGCGAUUACCGGAUUUCAGAUGACGAAGCAGGCUACGGUCAAGUAGUCUCUCUACAUGCCGACAUGGAUCCAGAUCUUAUCCGCAUCUGGGUCGCUCCAACAGGCUCAGUUACUGCCCCUUUCAAUCCUUGGUGGCUAGGUGUGAAAAGCGUCCCACCAGAGUACGGCCAACAUCGAUACCUAACCAAAGAUGCCGCAUCGACGUUUCUAGAUCCCGACUUUCAAUAUCAGGAAGCGACACAUUUCGCCGGACGUAUUUUCAAGCAAACCUUGUACUACACUUGUUCUGACCCGGAAGCUUUUCUUCCGAUCGUGCAGAAGAUGCUACACGGAUUCGAAAACGCCUCGUUCGGCGACCUGGAGUGGGUAGAGCGUAGUGCUCAAACACUGGUAGAGAACGGACAGCGAGAAGACGCACUGGAUUUGCUAACCUUUUAUUCUCUUUCAAGAGCGGAGAAGGCACUAGCUCUUGGGCGAACAAUGGUGGAUGCGCUUGACGCUUAUGUGAAGUUGACAGGCCAGUUUCGCAUGCCAGCAGGCUCGCACAUCAAUGAUCCGGGGCUUGGGGCCGAGACCGUUAAUUGCUUGGUCGGCUUCGAUCCGGACCAACCCGCCGAGCAACAAAAAAUUUCAAGGAGGAGAUUUCGGAAUCAGCGUUAAAACGAUGGUGAAUGAUCGCUGUGGCUUCAUCAUCCGAAAGGUGCUUUCCGCGCGUGACGCUCUUGCCUAGCUUACCUUGAGCAAUGCUCGUUGGUUGGAGGACGAUGAGCAGAAUCUAAUUAGAGUUUUCAAUCUCGAUCGUCAAGCUUCGCGAUCUCGUAUUCAAGCUCCGUAUUCAUGUCCAAGCUUCGUAGUUAACCUGCUGCCUAACGUAUUCACGCUGGCCGCGCUAGUUUAGCCGCCUCAUCCGCGACACACAAUGCAAGCAGAUCAACAUGC